UAAAAGCAGGAGAAAUGAAAGGGGUGUGAUUGCAGACUGCAAACUAAUAGACUGGUGUCAGGACAAGAGCUAUAGUGAGAGUUUAGUCUUUCUUUCUUACAAGUAACAGUGAUUUCUGUGGAGGUGAAGUGACAAAAUGAGCAGGUACUCAACAUCCAGCAGCACUAGUCCAAGUGUGGCAAUCGAGGACAGCAAGAAAAAGACCUCUCUCCUGAAGGACAACAGUUGGAUCAAAAAGCCUGAUGAUGAAGAUGAAGCUGUUGACCGAGAUCCAAACUUUGGCAGAGAAGUUCUAAGAUCCAGGUCCAGUGAAACUAUUGUGAGUUCAGAACCAGAAAAACCAAAAACCACUAGGACUUUGAACACGUCGACAUCUGUAUCGGCUUUGUCCAAGAGAUUCAGUGGAAGUCAAGAUGAGCUGAAAAGCAGCACCCUCCCUACCACCAGGACCUCCAGAAAUACCUACACAACCAGGUCUUCUGUUACAGAGGAGCCAAAGACAAGUACCACAACCACUACUAUCACAGAGAACGGCAAAACUACUGAGACCACCAUCACCACCUCACAGACUGUCAGAACUCUUAAAACUCCCACCAAGACUGGCACAUUCACUGAACGGGUCUUCUCUGAUGUCAAGUCUUCCAGCAAAGUGUCACCUUAUUCAACCUAUUCACCUUCCAAAACAACCAAAGUGACUGAGACAACUGUCACCACCAAUAAAGAGGCAGAAGAUCAUCUUUUUGACACACUUCUCACCAAGUCUGCCAAGGAUACUUCACCCUCAGACAGUAAAACAAGCAUCUCCACCACUGAGACUGUGAUUGUGAAAAGCAGGGGUGACGACCCUGAGGACAAACUGUAUGAUUCACUCAUUCCAAAGCGUAUCAAAGAGGAUUCUCCAGACAGCAGAGUUUACAGCACGGAGACUGUGACUGUGAAAAGAAGGCCCAGUGGAGAUGGUAUUAAAACUGCAACCACAACAAGGACUUCUUCUACAACUGAGGAUUCACUCUAUGACACUCUUCUGCCCAAAUCCAUCACAUCUAAUCCAUCCACUCCCACCAGCACAAGUGUCACAAAGAUUGUCACAGUGGAAAGCAGCAGAGGAAGUGACAGCCCAACUCUGAGCUCCUCCACCCGCUCCACCAGCUACAGCUCUAUUACUGAUGAAUACCCCUCGACCCGCACCUCUAGCUACACUAUCAGUUCCAUGCCCAGUGACAAGUACAGCAGUGACAUUAAAACCACCAGCCGCACCUCCAGCUACAGCUCUUACACUGAUGACAUUCCCUCCACCCGCACCUCCAGCUACAGUAUCAGUACCUCACCCAGUGAUGACUACAGCAGUACCCGUAAAUCCUACACCUACUCCAGUCCAGACAGCACAUAUGACUAUAAAAGUAUCACUAGUCCCUCUACCUACACCUCAUACAGGAGCAGCAGCAGGUCAGAUGAACCAGAUUCUUUCACUAGAUCCUCCUUCAAGAGCACAGAGAGGACAAUCCUUGACAAAGACCUGUGCACCUCCUGUCGUAAACCAUUCACUGGUGAUGCCAAGAUCAUCCUGGAUGAAAUGAAGAUUAACUGCCAUGCCACCUGCUUUAAAUGUGAGGUGUGUAACGGCACUCUGGGUCAUCUGAAAGCCGGGGACACCAUGUGGAUCUACAAACACAUGGUGCACUGUGAGAGAUGCUUUGAAGUCACUAGAGACAAAUGGCACCGCUGAUGUUUUUUACCCCAAAACUUGCAAUGAAGAAAGCACAGAUUACUAGUUAUUAAUACAUUUUUGGUGAGAUGGGGUCUCCUCUUAUAUGGGCAAGCUUUUUGUUUUUUGGCAAAUAUGAGAUAUUUUAAUAACACGAGCACUAUUGUAUCCGAUGUUAACUGUGUUGUUUAUGACAUUGUCUUAACACCCACAUUUUGUCAAAUAUGUAAUAGCACUUCUGAGGGUUCCCUAAUGCCUGCAGCCUCUUGUUUAUAACAUGCCAGAAGAUAUGGUAAUAUUUAGGGCCGGGGGCUUUUGCUGUGCAAUAUAAGCAAUCAGUGUGUCAUUAUGUAUUCAUCUAUUGAGUAAAAAUAUAUCAGUUUUGUUUUUUGAUGUGAUUUCAAUAUCCUUACGUAUAUGGAGUGGUGAUCUGAUCUUGCAAAGCAAUAAAUAUUGUUACAUUGACAUUA